AUUUUUGCUAUGCUAAUACUUAAUAUGUUAUCUAAAUUAUUAAAAACAUCAGAUAAAUAAAGAGAACCUUAUAUCAAAUUAAAUAAGGUGCUUCUAUCUUGUUCAUUUGUAAAUUUUGAUUUAGUAGUUAAUCUAAUCUUGAAUUGAAAAUUAGAAACGAUUCAUAAUGUCGGCGGUAGUGUGUAUCUUCUCGUACGUAUUGUGAACUCAGUAAAGCGGAACAGUGAACGGCGAAAAUACCCUUUACAUAUUAUUUGCUAGCAGUAAGCUCUUUCCUCGAUUUCUAUUAUUAAAAUCGAAAGCAAAUGUAAUUUGGUACAGUACUAUGGAGGACUAUAAAUUCUUGUUUAAAGUCGUGCUAGUCGGUAACGCAGGUGUUGGAAAAACUUGUUUAGUAAGGAGAUUUACGCAAGGAUUAUUUCCACCGGGUCAAGGUGCUACAAUUGGAGUAGAUUUCAUGAUCAAGACGGUGGAGGUUGAUGGCGAAAAAGUGAAGCUUCAAAUAUGGGACACAGCUGGCCAAGAAAGAUUUCGGUCAAUAACACAAAGUUACUACAGGUCGGCACAUGCUUUGAUCUUAGUAUAUGAUAUAUCUUGCCAGCCUACAUUUGACUGUUUACCAGAUUGGCUCAGAGAAAUUGAAGAGUAUGCUAACAACAAAGUUUUAAGAAUCUUAGUGGGUAACAAAACUGACAGAGAAGACAGGGAAAUUCCAAGGCAUAUUGGUGAUGACUUUGCACAACGUAAUGGAAUGUAUUUUCUUGAAACCUCCGCUAAGGAAGCCGAAAAUGUUGAGCGUUUAUUUAUGGAAAUUGCUGUGGAAUUGAUGGAACAAGCGAAAUGCAAGGAAUUGCCAAAGUACGAUGGAAGUCUGGGUCCUAUCAAUGGUAAGACAUCAUCAGUGGGUGACAGCUCAUGCUGCUUCAGAUCGUAAAUAACACCCCGGAGUGUUAGCCGAGAUUUUAAAGGUUUUAAACGUUAAACUAUUUGGUUUGAGAAAAUGUCAUCUCAUUUAUAACUUCUAAGAUAAGUUAGGUUAGGUUAGGUGCGUAAAUCACAACAAUUUAUAUGGGUUAAUUACCAUUGCAAUAUUUCUAAAGAACAUGCACAGUGAUAUUAUGGGAAUGUUUUGAAGUGAAAAAAACAUUGUUUUGAUACAUUCCAUUUUGUUAUUUAUUAUAGUGAAAUUUUAUGAAUUACUGAAACAUUUUGUGACGUUUAGGUAAUUUUAACCAUAAGUAUGCAUUUUUCAUACAAUUAGUGCAAUUAUAAAAUAUCAUUUAUCACACACAUAAUAACUCACAAAAGCAAUGCAUAUCGAGGACGAUGGGACUAUGUUCGCACCAGUACUAGAUGGGGUGUGAUACGUCCUGUGUUUUUUAAUGUUGAUUGAAGCGUCGAUUUCACAAAUACUCUCGGCGUCUGCGAGUGUGUAGGGCUGCGUGAAGCCCUAAACGGACGGCUAAGGACGUUUUAAAAUGAUUGCUUUUUAAAUCACGGGGCUGAUCUCAAUUUCACAAAUAUCUUUAAGUGGACACGGUUGUGCUCCUGACGCGAGCGUAGUGGAUCGAUAGUUGUUUUAAUGUUCAUUAGAAAUAGUUUGUUACACAUAUUGUUAGACGGGUUACAGCGUUUAUACGCGGACUUGUCGUUUAUCUGGAUAUUCGAAACCCCGUAGUGCAUCCGCAUCUGUGGUGUCCGUCGACGAGUGCUGCAACCGCGUUCAUUAAAUACUACUCGAUAUCUUUAAUGACUUAUUUUGUAGUUUAUGACCACCAAGUUUUAAGGCCUUUGCGGCAUUGAAUUUGGCCCGGGGCUGGGGCCUUAAAAUGUUGUGAAUUUAGUGAGAGUAAAUGUUGACCGAUCGAGGAGCAGAAGAUGCGAGUAGUGAAUUUAAGUACAGGGACGACGGGACAUAAUUAACUGUAGAUUGUAGAAACUGAUUCAAUUCUUUUAUUAUGGCAAUAUUUUUAUGGUGGUAUUAAUAAAGUUUUAUUCGUUAUAAAUUAGACCAACUUUACCAAAGUCUUGAUUGGGUACUCGUACCUGACGUGGUGCUUUUAUAUCACUAUGUUCGCUUUGUCUCUUUUCUGAAUCUCACCCUAAGACAUUCUGCGGUUUUGCGAAGUUAUUCUUACAUGUGUUAAGUUAGCAUUCGGUUCUUUACUACUGCGACCGCUCGACGACUACGCGACAACGAGAAGAUUAAACUUAUUUAACAGUUAUUCAAGGAUAUAGAAAAUAAUAUUCACAUUAUUAUCUUGGCCUUCGGAGAAACUGAUAAACUGAUAAACACCAAACAUGAUGUCUGUUCAAGUACACUUUCUUUAUGGCAAACAAAAAGUCUUAAUUAAAUUCCUAUCUCUUUUGUUUCGUUCGGUCUUAAGGUUUGCUUUAAAAGGUUUGCUUUGCUUAAAAAAUCUUGCCUUUAAUUAAGUGUGUCUUUGAUAUUGUUACUGUUUUGCUUAAAAGUUUUUAAUAAUUUUUGAUAAUGUAUUAUUUACAUGUUAUGUAACUUUUUAAAUAUUAUUUUAGAUUUUUUUACAUAAACGUUAUUCUUCCUGAAGUAUGUGAUGUCUUCAUUUAUUGACAAUAUUUUUACAUUUUAAUUUGAGGGAUCUAAACGAGGAUUUUAUUAUUGUGUCAUUUCAAUAGAAAAUAAACAUCACCAAAGAAAUUGAAUUACUUGUUAAACUCGCAAUAAAGGAAAUUACGCUGUA